CCCUAACAAUUCCCAUUCUUCCUCUCUCUCGCUGUCUCUCUUCUUUCAGUUGUUGGCAAGAAUUCCAUUGGUCGUCUUCUUCCUUCCUCUUCUGCUAGUUUGGUUUGCUCUUCCUUUUUCCCCAUUUGUUUCCUACGUGACAAGCCUCCCAAAUUGGGAGUUAAUUCAAUUAGCGUCCUCCCAAGUUGUACAAUCUGUAGGAAGAUCAGACUACUGAACCAGCCAUUGCACCGAUGAAUGUGUUCUUCAUGGGGCUAACCUGCACUGCAAGAAGGAAAGGGGCUUGUGUACUGGUUGAGUCCGUUCAACUUCUAUAGGCCCGUUAGUGCAACAGGAACAGGAGGGGAGGGUUUCUCAAACUUGUGUUGAAGCGAUUUCUACUCAACUUGUUAAUCGACAAACUUGGAAGAGUUGAUGGAGCACGGUUCGUAUCAAGAUCAAUCACAAGCGACAUUUUCAUUGACAGAUGAGGAUCAUACACUAGCAAAUUCUCUCAGAUUUACUCUUAGCCAAGACCCCCGAGUCACAUUUUGUGGGUACAGUAUUCCUCAUCCUUCUGAUGCUCGUGUGAAUAUAAGAGUCCAGACAACUGGUGAUGCAGCAAGUGAAGUGUUAAAAGAUUCGUGCCAGGAUCUAAUGCUCAUCUGCCAGCAUGUUAAAAACACUUUUGAUCAGGCUGUGGUCGAGUUCAAGAAUAAGGCAUUUACGCAAUGAAUGUUGGACAGUAACAAGUCUAUUUUUACCUUAUUUUAUCUUAUUUUUUAUGUAAAGCAUUUAUGCUGUAUCGUAUCAAAACCAUUUAUUUUCAUAGUGAAUGUGCCAUGAACUUGUUCGACCCAAUACUUCCCUGAAAUUUUGACAGAUUCCCUCAACUUGAAAGAGCAUGUUCUAUGUAUCUUCCAAUUGCAAACGAAUCCCGCAUAAAAUUUUUGUUGUU